UGUUUACUGUAAUGUAUCAGAUGGGACUUUACUUCUUAUUUCUUCCGAUAGCCGAUCCAGUCAUUUGGGCCAAUAUUGCCCCGAUACCGAUUAUCUGGAAUAUCGGAUCGGGACAUCCCUAGUUUUUAUUGCGACUUUCACUGAGGUGUUGAUUCAACUUUGGGAUCCAUUUGUGGUGCUGGUGUCACUCGGACAGGUGUUUCCAUUAUUUUGUCCGGCCCUUUCAAAUCUGCGAGUGCGGGCUGACUGACCCCCAACGUGUCUUUGGCCUCCACGCGCAUUAAAGUUCAACACACAAUUUACAACCACGAUCACAAACAAACAGAGUAUCACUUGAAAUGAACAGUGUCCUGUAGUUGUUUGUUUUUUCUUGUGAAUUAUUUAUUCUGCUUUUAAAAAAUGAAUGAACUGAAAAUGAAAGAAGGCCCUCGAUGAUUCAAGGUUGGUUGUGAGAGAGAGAGAGAGAGGAUUAAACUAUCUACCUUCAUUAUUUCAUCAGUAGUCGUCACGUCUGACUCACAGAACAGUCGCUACUGUUCUUCGUCUCUUUCCUUGAGCCCGCCCUCAACCUCCCUCCCUCCCUCCCCUUUUCUUGGAUAUUAAAGUAAGAGUUAAGUUGUGAGUGAGGGACCCUCACAUGAAGCUGCGAGGGUCUUUGAACAGAGAAGCCUCUGCACGCACGGCUCUGAAAACCAAACCUGCAGGAUGUCUGGAACCAUCAGAUCAGUGUCUGUCGUGUGGCUGCUGCUGCUCUGCCUGGUGCUCUGCAGGACACUGACCGGCACCGGAGCGGCACCCAUCUGCGCCAAUGCCCAGGCCGGGUGCUACGCCGUCUCCCUGGCCAACCUGUUUGACCGGGUCGUCCAACACUCAGCCAGGAUGCACGGCAUUUCAAAUGACCUCCACUCCGAGUUUGAGCAGUACUUCCUGCCCAGCAAGAAUCAGGUUGGCCGGGUCGGGCGCAACUGUCACACUUCCACCAUCCUCACACCAAAUGGCAAGGAGAACGCUCAGAGGAUGGCGAGAGAGGAGCUGACCGAGGUGAUUCUGAAGCUCCUGGUGGCGUGGAGGGACCCACUGUGGCACUUCCACCGGAGCAUGGCUCACCACCACGACUUCACCAACUUCAGCUCCGACAAAGCCCUGGAGAUGAGCGACAUGGUGCACGAGCUGCGCAAAGGUGUCGAGAGAGUGGCUGAGAAGAUGCAGACGUUGGGUCUGAUGAGCGACCCCGUCAACAGCCAGGUCUCUCCGGAGGCCCUGCCGCCGCCCGACAGCGGGGAAUGGCGCCGGAUGAAAGACUACGACCUCCUGUACUGCUUCCGCCGAGACUCGAACAAGGUCAAGAACUACCUGAAGAUCCUCAAGUGUCGCAUCGUCCCCGAGCACGGAUGCUGAAGGGCCGAGAAAAAGCCAAAAGUCACCGAGACGUUGGGAUGGAAACGCUUCUGUUAGAAAGUGCACGGACGAAGCCGUAGCUCUUAUUGUGUUCUGUAAGGGAUGGUAACUGUGAGAAGUGCUACUGGAACCCAAAGACUCUGCGCUUCAGGCCUGAUAUCAUAUAGAGUGUGGACAAAACUAUGGCGGGAAUAACUGUACUGCAUGUUAUUAUACACUCUUGUUAAAUGCAUAUCAUGUUUAAAUACAGUAAAAUUAUAUAAAG